AUGCAGCAAUCCUACUGGGACCUGGACUCGAUCCUGGCCGACAGCACACGCCUCCCUUGCCACCUCCAGCUCGACGUGCCCGGGCUAGGCCACCUCCAGGGCGAGUCGGGCGGCGAUGAGCAGGGCCGGCUGAGGAAAAACACGCGCGUCGAGCUGCCGUACUGGCUCGCCGAGCUCCUCUCGCUCCACGAUGUCGUCCAGCUCAGCUUCCCACGCCAGUACAGCGCCCGAGUCAGGAAUGCCCUGGAUGCGGACCCGCGGAGCGUCAGGCUCAGGGAGCUCAACGGGUGGUGGUACGCCGUGGGCGCCCGCCUCGUCAGUCUGAUGGAGUCACCACAACUAGCAGACACUCUCGCAAAAACAUACACAUCACGCCUUACACCGAUCUACUCUGCCGCGCAGCACCUCUCCAGCACCUCGCGCUCCGAGGACGAUGGCGGUCUUGGCUCAGCUAACGGUGUCUCUACGCACGCUUUGGAGUUGGCAGGCGAGGGUGGACUUGAGUCGAGCACGGGCAUGAGCCCAGAGAUGAUCGACUUCGUCAAUGGCCUCGAAGAGGAUGAGCGGUCAUUGCUCAGAGUGGGCCAGCAGGCGGCAAAGACGACUCAGGUCUAUCUCGCCAGUCGAUGAUUUCACGCCGCCGAACGAAUCUACCUCUGCCUCCCAUCUGUACAACAGCAAAUCAUCUCCAC